AUGUCGGUGAACCCAGAUGCCAUAAACAAAAUUCUCUAUGAGAUGGACCAACAGCUCCAGAAGACGCAGGCCGAUCUCCAGAUGACCAAUAUUCAGCUCCAGAGAAAGCAGACCUCGUCGAAGAUCGCUGAGUUAACGCUAAAGGAGAUCAACAGCGACCCAGCUGCCAACUUAUGGGAAGGUGUGGGCAAGGCAUUUUUCUACACUGACCACUCGGACUUUGUGGGAAGAUUGGAAGACGACCAGAAGACGUUGGACGACCAGAUGAAGAGUUUGGCCACCAAGAAAACCUACCUAGAGACAACCAUGAAGAACACUAUCCAACACAUGCAGCAAAUGAUGGGUCAGGAUGACAAAUAA